AUGGGUGUUGCUAUAACUAUCGUUAAGUGGUUUGUUUUUACUCUAAAUUUUUUGUGUUUGUUUUUAGGUAUCGGUACCAUUUGUCUAAAUGCAUUCGGCGUAGAAGAUUCUAGUCCCGGCACAGACGCUCAUACCUAUUACAUUUUAGGUAUAUUGCUUUGUUCUCUUCUCUGUUUAACCAUUAUUAUUGGAUGUUAUGGUAUCUUCUCCGAAAUCUUGGGUUUCAAUAUCAUUUAUUCGUUAUUCGUGUUGGCUUUGUUAAUCAUACAGUGUUUGCAAAUGCAUUCUUUUCAACCACAUAGCUUCUAUUUUGAUAAGAUUCACAGUUCGGAAUCAACUUGGAGCUCGCUCGCAAACCAUCCGUCUUUUAAAUCGAAAUAUCAUUGCUGUGGUCUCUUUGAUUAUCAGUGGACGAUGCCUGCUAGUUGCUAUGAAGAAAAUCCAAACCAGUUAGCUCCUGAUCCCAUUUGCUUAGAGGCAUCAUUAUGGCAAUCUUAUCAGUUUAAAUUGCGGCGCCAACAAAUAUUUAACUGGGCUCUCCUAAUAUCUGAGACGAACGCAUUAUUUUAUUCAAUUAUUUUAUGUGUAUUAUUGUAUCGACGCGUGGCUAAUCAAAGGAGACAACGUGAAUUGGCCAGGGCUUCUGUACGCCACAAUCCGGGGAAUCAUGUUGGAAUGCAAACGCACCUGCUAUCGUGUUAAUCAAUGCGGAUACUCGUUAAGUUCGUAUCUUUCACCGCUACAUAGGGAACACACAGCUUGCUGUUGCCUGUCACGAAGUUUUUGUGAUAAGAUGUAAGCCAUUAUUGAUACAAUUCCUUGAAAUAUCUAUAAAUGUGUAAAAAUAAUUAAUAUUUUUGUAAUCUA